UGACGAAUAUAUAAACCCUGGCAUAAACCCGAAAGAAAACCGAAGUUUGACAGUUUCACAGCUGAUUUCGGACGUAGUCUUGGAGUGGAAAUAUUUUGAUUAUUAACGUAAAUGGGAUACGUCCACGGUUAGGAGUAAUUUUUGCUUUCACGUGUAGAAUGUCCGAAGGAAACCUCGUGCCCAAGCAGGAGCAUGUCGCUGUAAAAUUAGAAUCCAAGAUCGGUGAACAUAACAGCAGUGGCAGGAGACAAAACAAAAACAAAACUAGUUCCGCUGCGAAUCAAACCCAGCAAGCGUCUGAGAAGAAACCAGCACAAUCCGGAGGACGAAAGUUUAGCGACCGGCACGUACUGAAGAAGCGCGUUCUUCCCAAGUACUACACCAGAGAGAACGAUAUUUACGUGACGUACAAAUCGGAUUUUACGUUUCAAUAUAAAAGGUGUCUGGAUAUUCUGAACUCAUCAAUCGGAGAAGCGUUUCUGCACUGUACCGGACGGGCCAUCAACCAAGGAAUUAAUCUUGCGCUGAAGAUCAAGGCAGAGUAUCCGGAAGCUUUCGAGUUUGAGGUCAAUACAUCCACUAUCUCUGUAACGGACGAUCUCCAUCCUCUGAAGGACGACGAUGAUUUUAUGGAGCAACGUCGUAUGAACUCGUGCCUCCAUAUCCGCCUGUUCCGUACGAUUAAGCUCAAACCAACCAACGCAGUUGCGUAAAAGCGAACCGCCACAGGCAAUAACCUGAUAAUUUUCUUUUUUCAACAAUAUA